AGAAGAAGAUGCCUCAUUCAUGUUCUGCUUUGAGUUGUUGUAACCGCUAUACCGCUCAAACCAGAGCCAGCGGCAUUACCUUUCACAGGUAAGAAUGGAAACACGCUUCUUAUCGUGUUACUUAAACUUUUGCAUCAACCUAACUGUUCACUAACGUGUCUUUGUUAAACAAACGAGUCUGACUCUUCUGCUCAAACAUGGUCACAAACCCUCACACUCAACUGACAUGACGCCAACGUAGCAACUGACCAAUCCGCGGUCGCAAUUUGAAUCCAGUGAAACGCCCCUUACCUGGAGGAACGGAAGCCAUCUUUACCUCCGACAUAAUUGGCGGGGGUUCCUCAUUGCUAACGCGGACAUUUGGUGUAAAAUAACAAGGAGUCAUGGUUAAACGUUGUCAGUGGGGAACGUGCAACUCCGACACCCGGUACCCGGAGCGCUUAGAGGGCGGGAUACACUUUAUUCCGUUUCCCAAACCCAAACGGAGUCUGGAAAAAUGUAAACGAUGGAUCAAGGCCUGCGGCCGACCUCAUAACCGCUUGAAUGAAACAAUGAUCAAUGGAAGCUACCACAUGUUCGUCUGUACGAAGCAUUUUCCUGAAGGCAAGCCAACAGACAGAUUUCCAGAUCCGGUUUCUUUUGAUCCCAAAGCCUCAAAAACCUCCAAACCAGUCAGGCGGGACCGGGACCGGCGCCGGCGCCUCGGAUCCCCAGCAUCAAAACAAGAAGACACAUUUAGCCACUUAGGUGAAAGCCUGCAGAGUGAGAAGAACCCAGGCCGCCGCUCACAGCCGGGACACGCUGAUGCUGCUGUUAAGACUUCUUCACCAAGGUUUUCUGCACGGGGAAAGCUGGAACUGAUGGCUGAAAACGAGGCUUUGAAACGACAGCUGAAAGCAGAUCAAGAGAUUUAUGCCAGGAAAAUUUCUGAACUGCUGCUGAAAAACAAACUUCUUCAGCGGGAAAACAUGAAGCUCCGGAGGAAUCUUUAUGGAAGGACACAAAAACAAAAUUCAGCAGGAAGCAUUGUAGCAGCUGACGGUGUCAUGGUGACCGCCGACACAUGGGGACUCUCUGCAGAACAAAUGUUUCCAAAAGAGRGCKUGCGCAGGAAGCAGUGGGAAGUGGCUGCCAGAAGCGAAGACUUCUCUGCCAGCGUGUCRGCRACGCUGUGCAGUGAGCAUUUCAGGCCAGCGGACUUCGACAGGACGGGUCAGACCGUCCGGCUCCGAGCCGGGGCCGUUCCUUCAGUCUUCAGUUUGCCAGCUCCUCUCCACAAGGGAUCUGGAGCGGCAAUGGCUGAGACAAAAAGUCCUCAACCAAUCAAAGAAGAGCAUGUGGAGCUGUGGGUCGUUCAGGAUGGAGGGCGGCUCGUAGUGAAGCAGGAGGCCAGCGCCGCUCUGGAGAACCCUGCGUGUGAAAUACUCCACCAGGGACCGGAGCAGGSUCUACAGAUUAAAGAGGAACCAGAACCUGUUCAGAUUAAAGAGGAACCAGAACCUGUUCAGAUUAAAGAAGAGCAGGUGGAUCUCUAUGGCGAUCGGGUUAAAGGUCAGCUUGUAGUGAAGCUGGAGCCUGAAACCUUCGUUGUGACUCAAACUACAGAGCAAACAGACGACUGUGAACCAAACCAGAACCAGAUCCUCUCUGCAAACCAACCUGAGGCUGAGAACCAGCAUCACCAUGGAAGAAUCCAGGAAGCUGUAGAUCUGGAACCGGCGKACAGCAGAAGCCACUGGGACAAUAUGGACGAUUCACCACUGAGACAUGAAACRGGUGAAACAACUUCCUCCUGUGACAGUGAUGAUGAUUUUUUUCUGUGUUGCACUGAAGAAAUCCAGUGCAAGACUGAAUUUUUGGCUCUUCACAUGGGUAGGAAGCCUUUAUCAUGUCCAAAGCGUGGAAAAUGUUCAGCUCGCUCUUCCAGAAAAAACAAUCGCAGGACAAGGCGCCGCGGCGAUAAACCAUAUUCUUGCGAAGUGUGUCAUAAAUUUUUCACUCUGAAAUCCAGCUUAGUUUGCCACCUUCGAAUUCACACAGGUGAAAAGCCUUUCUCUUGUAAACUGUGUGAUAAAUCUUUCAAUCAGCGAGGUAMCCUGACUAUUCACCUGAGAACUCACACAGGUGAGAAACCGUACUCAUGUGUAACUUGUGGCAAACGUUUCAUCACUAAUUCUUCAUUAACUGCUCAUUGGAGAACUCACACAAAACUGAAGUUGUAUGUUUGUAAAUUAUGUGAUAAAUCUUUUAAACGUCGUGGAAACCUGGAUAUUCACCUUAAAACUCACCAGCAGGACCCUGGUUAAAUCGAUUAAUCUGUUCGUCACCCCAGGGACUUCAGACACACCAGCUGAUUUGGUGGAACAUCAUAUAAAGUUGUAAUUUGUCUCUCAGAAGUGAGAUAAGAUCCAGUCUGAUCUAUAKACUGUGUAAUAAAUCUUUUGAAUUCAUGYGUUUUGCAGCAAUAGGUUUGGUUUGGCCGCAAACAAAGUUGGUAGCUUUGAUCAAAAUGACCAAUUUAGGAUAACACCUGAUUUUCAGGAUUGUCAAAGUUUCUUUGCUGAACGGCUGCCCUGAUGAUGAGGGGGGUGAAGUAGGACAAUUCAUGGAGUUGUUGGACUUCCCUUUUACUAAGAUGAACUUAGUAAUGCAGUGAUAAGUGUUUUUGGGGUUCAGCCUCUAACAGACACACAGGAACUGUUGCCAUCUUCUUCUGUUGGAUGGAGGAAACGCCUUCGAAGUGAAGCCUGGAGAACAUGAAAGCCGUCCAGCGUGUCUACAGCUCAUCCUUACAGCGCCCACCGUGUCCAGCUGCUCCAGCUGUUGAACAUUUCUCUUGGGCCAGACCUUAUUUUCUAAUCUGGGUGACCAGGUAAACUCAACAGUAAGGUCAGAGUUUUGUUAGUCUGAGCUGAAUUCAGCUGUUAAAUAAGACGAUUUAGUCGUUUUCUUCAUAUGUCACUCAGUUAUCACACAUGGCCGAGUCCCAGUGAGUCACSGUUCACUUUGACUGUUCCAAACAUCAACCCCUCUAAAGCUGUAKGGGGGUCAGAGGUCACCGCAGGGAGGUCAGCAUUAAAUGUGUGUAUAAUUUUCUUUUGUCUUUUCUAUCAGUAGCUWGGUUGAAUGUUUGUAGUUGGAGAUUAUUUGGAGAUAAUUCAGCUCUAAAGUUACUAAGUGAAGCUAUUUUGUGAAUAAAUUCUCAGACUUCAUUGGAAA